AUGUUGAUACAAGAAGGGAAAGAGGAACUAGAAGAUAUUAAGCAACGGGAGAAGAAGGGAAUGCGACUGGGCAAAUACGAAUUUGGAAGGACUCUUGGAGAAGGCAAUUUUGGAAAAGUUAAGUACGCAAAAAUCGUGGAUUCAGGCCAGCCAUUCGCCAUUAAGAUCUUGGAGAAAAAUAGAAUUAUUGACCUCAAGAUCACCGACCAGAUUAAGAGAGAAAUUGGAACCUUGAAACUCCUCAAGCAUCCAAAUGUUGUCAGAUUACAUGAGGUCUUAGCAAGCAAAACCAAGAUAUACAUGGUCCUCGAAUACGUGAAUGGUGGAGAGUUGUUUGAUCAUAUUUCAUGUAAAGGAAAACUGUCGGAGGCUGAAGGCAGGAAGUUCUUCCAGCAGUUAGUUGAUGGUGUUAGUUACUGCCAUAAUAGAGGUGUUUUUCAUAGAGAUCUCAAGCUAGAGAAUGUUUUGAUUGAUGCUAAUGGAAACAUAAAGAUAACAGAUUUCGGCCUCGGUGCAUUACCACAACAUUUUCGGGAUGAUGGAUUGCUGCAUACAACUUGUGGAAGUCCAAACUAUGUUGCGCCUGAAAUUCUUUCUAACAGGGGAUACAAUGGUGCCACAUCAGAUACGUGGUCAUGUGGUGUUAUCUUAUAUGUAAUUCUGACUGGGUACCUACCUUUUGAUGAUCGAAAUCUGGCAGUACUCUAUCAGAAGAUUUUUAAGGGGGAUGCUCAGAUACCCAAAUGGCUGUCCCCAGGAGCUCGAUACCUAAUAAAGAGGAUUUUGGAUCCCAAUCCUUGUACUCGGAUGACUUUGGCUGAGAUAAAAGAAAAUGACUGGUUCAAACAAGACUAUGUACCUGUAGAUCCCAUUGAAGAUGAUGAAGAAGAAAAUGUGUACUCGGAUGAUGAAGUAUCAUCAAUUCAUGAGCCACCCUCAGAUGCAGAAAAAGAUCCAGAUUCACCCACCCUCAUCAAUGCCUUUCAGCUGAUUGGAAUGUCGUCAUGUCUAGAUCUCUCUGGAUUCUUUGAGAAAGAGGAUGUUUCUGAAAGGAAAAUCAGAUUCACAUCGAGUCACUCCCAACGAGAAUUGCUUGAGAGGAUAGAAAUUAUGGUAACACAUAUGGGAUUUCAAGUCCAGAAGAAAAAUGGAAAGUUGAAAGUAAUGCGAGAGUACAAAGGUCAGAAAAGCCCUGGUAGUCUGUCUGUAGCAGCAGAAGUAUUCGAGAUAAGCCCAUCUUUGCAUGUAGUUGAGUUGCGAAAAUCGUAUGGUGAUCCUAUAUCAUACCGACAGCUGUGCGAAAAGCUAUCUAGUGAUUUGGGUGUACCACGAAGCCAGGAGCAUCUAGCCACGGAUCUACAACAAUUGGAUAGAUAA